AUAGACAAUAGUGAACCAGACCGCCGGUACAGGGGGGACAGAGCCAGCGCCCUGAUUUUUCAGGCACGAACGGGACCCAGAGCCGGAGGUGUGAGCCACUGUGGUGUGAGCUGUACGAGGGCGACCCAACCUGUCGACUUUGCGGAGAAGAAGAUACGAUCGAGCAUAGUCGUCAGUCGAUGCAAACGUCUUGAACACACCAGGAAGAACUCCCCAAGCUGCUGCUUGGAACAUCUCACGGAUGCAGACGAAAACGGCGCGCGGAAGGAAACGGAAGACACGGAGCGCUGCCUGGUGAUGUAGGAGGGACUAUGCAUAUCCGGCAACCGGACAAUUCCGAAACUAUACAGAAGCGAAAGCUUGGAAAGCUUGGAAAGCCUCAACGUUAGAAAGCCUGCAAAGAAUGGACGCGGACCAGACUCUUCCCGAAAUAUUCCCGGAGGACUGCGACCCUCCACUGGACGACGAGCUGACCUGCGCCAUCUGCCGUGCUUUGCUGCAAGAACCCGUGGAGUGUCGUUGCCGGCACGUCUUCUGCAAGGACUGCAUCAUGGUGUGGCUGCGCACGAACAGCACCUGUCCCCUGUGCCGUGUGUCUGUGCAGGCUGCCUCCCUCGUGCCCGCCCAUCCACUUAUCCGGAACAUGCUAGGAAAUGUCAAGGUGAAGUGCCGCAGCCCUGGGUGCAGUGCCAGAGUUGCCGCGAGCAUUUACACGACGCACCUGGGCGAGUGCGAGUUCAAAGAGGUGCCGUGCCCUCACAACCUGUGCAAGCACCGCUGCCCUCGCCGCACCCUCGAGGACCACGUCAAGACGUGCCCGCACCGGAUGUUGACCUGCAAACUGGGCUGUGGCGCGGCGGUGUCCGCGGGCGAGCUGGAAAAUCACAGCUGUAUGCUCAAGCUCAGACUACAAGAAACAACAGCUAGCCUGGAGAAGUGGAAGCAAGAGGCGAGUGAACGCAGCCAGCUGGUGAAAUGCCUAGAGAACACCCUCGCAGAGAUGACGCUAGAGAGGGACGGCUGGAAGAACAAGGCGGAGGACGCCAGUCGCACGCUGGAAAGCAUGCGUGAGAGCCUCAGAGAGAUGACGGCGGACAGGGACAGCUGGAAGUUCAAGGCGGGUGACGCUGGCCGCAUGCUUGAAAGCCUACUCACCCUCGCAGAAAUGACGGCCGAUGGAGACAGCCGGAAGCGCAAGGCGGAGGACGCUAAGAACAGGCUGGAAAAUCUUCCUGAUUCUCUUGCAAGGACGACGGCAAACGGGGGAAGCUGGAAGUGCAGCGUCCCAUUGGAAACUUUCAUUGCGGUGAUUUUGGUGAUUGUGGGAAUCGUGGGAAUUUCUGUGAUAACGGUGAAGUGACAGUGACGGCGCCGACGCAGAGGACAAACAAAAAGUUUGGCAAAUGGCUUGGCCGCCUUAAUAAACUAUACUUCCAAAAAUA